AUGUUUUUUUGUUUUUUUUUGCAGGUGGAGUUUCGCGGGAGCCUAUCCCUGGAGCACGAGGCGACCAAGAAGGCGUACGGCCUGCUCCACCGGACCGCGUCGGAGCUGUGCACGGCCGUCAAGGAGGACUUCCCCAACGCUGCGCAGGACCUGACUUUCGACAUCCACAACAACGCUAUCUUCCUGACCAAGCUUCCGGCCAACAGCAACAACGCCGCGACCAGAACCAGCGGCGGCGGCAGCAGCAGCAGCAGCAGGUCGAAGCGACCGAAGGGUAAGGAAGCGGCGGACGGCAACGGCGACGGCGACGCCUCUCCCGACACCAAGAAGGAGAAGAAGAAGCCCAAGUUCCUGAACCCGCACGAUCGGAACGGGAAGCUGCUGCCCAAGAGGUUCACCACCGAGAGGGUGAGCACGGCGUUGUCGGGGUACUUGACAGCCAUCGAAGAGACAAAGACCGCGGUCCAGUCCCAGCUGCAGGCGCUCAGCGACUCGAUCGUCACGAACAACGACCUCCCCGUCAUCGCACAGGCCGCUCACUGGUCGGUCAUUUGCCAGGCGAUGGAGGGGCACGUGCGGCACGCCUUGUCCUCCGGGUGGUCUCUGCCGUCCCUCAAGGAUCUCAACAACCCGGACAUGAGCAUGAAGGUGGAAAACCUGGUGCCGUACUGGCUGCCUCGCCAAGAGGCCGUGCCAAACUCGUUCGACUUCGGAGGCCUCUUCCUCCUCACCGCUCCCAACAUGAGCGGCAAGAGCACCCUCAUGAGGGCCGUGCUAGCGUGCUCCCUGCUGUCCAACGCCGGCCUGUUCGCGCCGUGCACCUCCGCCGUCGUCCCACGCUUCGACUGCUUCUUCCUGCGGACGGCGAGCUACGACAUCCCGGCGGAAGACAAGAGUGCCUUCGCGCUGGAGAUGGACGACGUCCGGGUGAUGCUGAGGGACUCGUCCGACCGGUCCCUGGCGCUCGUCGACGAGCUCGGCAAGGGGACGUCUGCCAGGACGACGCCGACAACCCGAGGUGGACUUACACCAUGGAAGACGGAAAGUGCACCGACUCGCUCGCGCUGCAGACGGCGAAGAAGUACAACAUCCCGGCCAGCGUCAUCGCCAGAGCCCAGGCCCUGA